AUGACGCAAGCACAACAAAAGGUUUUUGUAUUGGGUUUUGGAUCCAUUGGCGUGCUUCUGGCAUCCCAGCUCCAGCAAAAUGCUCGCGUCUCUGUUGUCCCACUGUUCAGAUCUGAGAAACGGUUACAAGAUUUUGGCGACUCAGAAAGAAAAGUGAGUGUGAAGUGUACUUAUGACGAAGGAGUUUCGAUCCGUGAAAACGUCUACAAUGGAGCAACAUGUCCAGAGUUGUUUCCUAAAGACGGCAAGAUCGACAAUCUGAUCAUCACUACCAAGACGUAUCAAACGAAAGAUGCUCUAGCACCAUACAUGAAGUAUAUCCAUCCGCAAACCAAUGUGAUGCUAGUGCAAAACGGGUUGGGUGUUCUUGAGGUGUUGAAGGACGAAGUUUUCGUCGACUUCAGACCCAAUUUGUUCCAAGGUGUUAUUUCACAUGGGGUUUACCAAACCACUGGAUUCUCAUUCACGCACGCUGGUUUUGGUGAUCUCAAGAUCUCAAGACUGCCCGGCGCGGACUCGGACAGCAUUGUCCAGUCUAAUAAAUUCAUUGGAAAUGACAAAGAAAGCAACUCGCUGCUGGAACUUUUCACUCAGCCGGACUUCACGAAAGGGCUAAAUGUGGUGCAUAUGACUUACCAGGAGAUGCUGCUGGGUCAGCUGGAAAAAUAUAUGGUGAAUACUUGCAUGAAUUCUGUUACUUCGAUCUUGGACUGCAUAAAUGGUGAAUUGAUAGACGUGGCUGCCCCAACCUUCGACGCGAUCAUUGCCGAAUCUCUUGCGGUUUUGAAAGCUGCAUACAAGCCUUUGUUUGACUACAAGCCUGAGAGUGAGGAUUAUCCAGAUAUCGAUCUGUCAAGAGUAUUGGAUCCUGUUAAGUUGAGAGAUUUCAUUAUUUGGGUGGCCUGCGACAAGGCCGGAGGCAACAGUUCGUCGAUGAGACAAGACACGGUCAAUUUGCGGGAAACCGAAGUGGAGUACCUCAAUGGGUACAUUGUGAAGUUGUGUAAGGAAUUGAAUUUGGGACCUGAACACUGUAAGAUCAAUCAGACCCUUGUGGAUUUGGUGAAAUUGAGGUUAGAACUGAACAGGUACCGCGACAAGCAUGGUGAUAUGAGACUGCAAUAG